AUGGAAGCAACAAGAACGAGUUUUGGUCUUCAUAACGCCCCUCUCUGCCCCACAACAAACCCCUCUCUUUUUCCUCGGCGUUGGCUUCACAAGCACACUCUUUCCUUGAAACCGGCAAAACAACACCACUUGGUCUGCGUUAGGGCUACUGAGAGUAAUGAUAAUCUUGAAAGUAGUCGUCCCUUGGCACACUUUUCUCCCACUCUUUGGGGAGAUCACUUCCUUUCUGUUCCCCUCCAUGUCGCUGAAUUUGAUGAUUUCUCAAGAGAGAUUGAAGUGACGAUGAAGCCAAAAGUGAGAGACAUGCUCAAGUCUUCCAAAAACAGCGACAAUGAGAGGAUCCGUCUCAUCCAUUUGCUAAUGAACCUCGGAAUCGCAUAUCAUUUCGAGAUUGAGAUUGAUGAGAUUCUUGGCCAAGCUUUUGGGAAUUUGGACGAUAUAAUAGCCAAGGAAAAUGAUUUGGAAACAAUCUCCACCAUGUUUGAGGUUUUCAGACUACGCGGUUACUAUAUGCCUUGCUAUGCAUUCAAUAGAUUCAAAGGUGAAGAUGGGAGGUUCAAGGAAAGUCUAGCUGAGGAUAUUAGAGGAAUGCUACAGUUGUACGAAGCAGCACAUCUCGGGACACCAUCUGAAGAUAUUAUGGACGAAGCAUUGAGCUUCACUCGGUAUCGCUUAGAGUCGUUGACAAGUAAUCACACAGCAACUGCUAGUCCCCAUCUCUCUAAACAUAUACAAAACGCACUAUAUAGAGCUCGAUAUCAUAACUUGGAGAUAUUAGUCGCAAGAGAAUAUAUCUCUUUCUACGAACAAGAAGAAGAUCAUGACGAGACGCUGCUCAAGUUUGCAAAACUCAACUUCAACUAUUGCCAGCUACAUUAUAUCCAAGAGCUAAAAGAUCUGACCAAAUGGUGGAAGGAGCUAGAUCUUGCAUCUAAGCUGCCUUACAUCAGGGACAGAAUUGUAGAGGUCUACUUUGGGGCACUCGCAUUGUAUUUUGAGCCACGGUAUUCACUAGGGAGAAUUAUAGUCACUAAAAUUACCAUGAUUGUGACUGUUUUUAAUGAUACAUGUGAUGCAUAUGGUACUCUUCCUGAAGUUACAAGCCUCGUUGAUUCUUUCCAAAGGUGGGAUCUUGGGGACAUAGAAAAGCUACCAAGUUAUGUAAAAAUCGUCUUUCGAGGUGUAUUUGAAACUUUAGAAGAGAUUGAACAAGAAAUGAGGCCACAGGGAAGGUCACGCAUUGUGCAAGUAGCGGUAGAUGAGAUCAAGAAGUUGGGGAAAGCAUACUUGGCUAUCUCGAAAUGGGCACGCGCAAGUCACGUGCCAACCUUUGAGGAGUACAUGGAGUUUGGUAUGCAGACGUCAAUGGAUCAUUUUGCAGCCUAUAGCUUUAUCGCGAUGGAAGAUUGUGAUGAGAAUCAAACGUGCGAGUGGUACAAAUCCAGACCUAAAAUGAUGGAAGCUCUGAAUGGUGUGUUUCGUAUUAAGAACGACAUAAACACCUUUGAGCAAGAGAUGAGCAGAGGAGAAGUGGCUAAAGGGCUGAAUUGUUACAUGAAGCAACAUGGUGUUUCCAAAGAAGAGGCGAUUGGAGAGAUGAACAAGAUUUAUAGUAAUUAUUACAAAAUAAUAAUGGAGGAGUACUUGACGACAACCGCUGUGCCACGUCCGAUUCUGGUGCGAUGCCUCAACGUUUCACGACCCAUCCAUCAUUUUUACAAGGAGAGAGAUGAAUUCACAGAUCCUUAUUUCGGAAUGCUUAAAGAAGUCAUCACUUCUUUGUUCAUCCAUCCAAUUCCUCUUUGAUAUUUGUGAAAACACUUU